AUGAAUUCUUACAGGUGCGUUGGCGUCUUUGGAAUGAGUCAAUUCACCGACGAAAAAGAUUUAUAUGAGAUAUUUCAAGAAUUCGGCAAGAUUGAAAAGAUCAAUAUUAUUCGCGAUAGAUAUAAUCAAAGGAGUCGCGGUUUCGGAUUUGUUUAUUUGCGGACAAUCACCGAAGCGGAAAACGCCAUACGAGCGCUGUCCAAUGUUGUCAUCGACGGUCAUAAGGUCCGAAUUGAUUUCGCCACAACUCCUUGCUCCACCGAUUAG